CAGUCAAUGUUUGUCGUUUCUCGCUCGCUCGUGGGAUCUUACCGAGAUCCUUCCUCCUUCCUAGAUUCCAUCUCCACUAUGUGGGAUAGUCUCUCGAAUUGCAGUACCAAUCCACACUUGCGUGAGAGAAGAAGACGAAGACGAAAAAGAAGGCGAUGAGCGGCCAAGGCGAAUCGCAGUCCAUGCAUUGUGGCACACGCGCGGUGGGGAUGCCGGCGGAGCCACAGGAGCAUCCCGCGAUCCAGCACGCCACCACGCGGGUCGCCAACGAGGCUCAGCCAACAGGCUUUCACUCCAGCUACUUAAAUGCCACCGCAAGUAGCUCGGUCUCUGGUUUCGUAAACCUCAACAAAAGCGGCGCUGAGAACAAGUAUCUCGACGUCACUCCAGUGAAUGCUUCCACACCGUCUGGCCUCCACAUCGUUCCAGUGAAUGCUUCCUUGCUGUCCAGCUGGAACCCGAUAAACAAAGUGUGCAACAAGUUGAACCAGUGUGGGAAGAGGGUCGAUGAUGCUACCAAAAAAGCAGAGGCGCUUGUCGACAAUGUCUGGCAUCACCUUAAAACUAGCCAUAGCAUCACAGAUGCAGCAAUAGCUCGAGUUGCCCAGGGGACGAAAAUGCUCAAGAGGGGGACGGGAUAAGGUAUUUGAACGUACUUUUGAAAUUCUGCCGGGAGAGAAGCUUCUGAAAGCAUAUGCUUGCUAUCUAUCCACUUCCUCCGGCCUUGUCAUUGGGACACUGUAUUUGUCAACUAAGAGACUGGUCUUCCAUGGGGAUGAGCCUAUUUGCCAUUACGCUCCCUCAGGGCAGCAAGAGUGGGUGUAUUACAAGGUGCCACUGCUGCUCGAUCAGUUGAGCUUUGUUAGUCGUUCUUCGAAAGGGUUGGAUAAUUCUGAAAAGUACAUCCAGGUCGUUACAAGGGAUGGUUAUGAAUUCUGGUUCAUGGGUUUCGUAUCAUAUGAUAAGGCUCUCAAGAACAUAAAUGAGGCUUUACAGCACAAUCGUGAGAAUAACACGGCUGGAAGGAUACAAGGACGAUCAGUGGCCAAAGGGGGGAAGUGAUAUUCAAUUGUACUUGAAUAAUUUUGGUGUGUUGGUGUGGGUGUGCGACUGCUACGGAUAAUGUUUAGACAUGAUCUAAUUGAUGAAAGGGAAGCAUUUCAUUUCAGUAAACUUCAGUUGAAUAUAAUUGGUCCAAUUUGUUA